AUGCAUCGAUUUGCACCCUACGCACCCUAUCCAGCCUCAAAACGCCGUAGGAUGGCGAAGACAGGCCCGACACUUACAGAGAGCAGACAACCCGAAGACGACAGUGGUUCAAUGAACAGCUUCGAGGGUCUUAUGAAGCGUACUACUCUGUUGCCUCACGAACUCAAGGCUCAAAUCAUUUGCGAGACGUUAUGUGAGGAGCGCUGUAUCUUCACCCUUCUAUCGAAACCACGUUGUUGUCUCUGCUCGCACGGUAAGAGCGCCACGGUCACACCUCACAUCGAGGUUUAUACCAAAGGACACCUCGGCCAACGCGGAACAAUUACCAUCAGGAAAGACCACGCCCAUUUUUUGGUGAAUGUCAUCCCGCAUGACUUUGAUCUCAGGCCUUGUAACAACCUGCUUCGCCGCUUCUUCCCGGCUGCAUACUUGCAUGGGCUUCAAGAAGCUGGCCGCAGGGCUGUGCACGCUUUUCGGUGCACGACGCGCUACGAGCAUGUCUUCAGUGAUGAGCAAGUUGGUGAAUGUAUGCGAGAGAUCAAAACAAUACGGGCUGACGAAGGGUUGGCGAUGUAUCUUCCUCUCAAGGCAGGCUCUGGGAAUUUCGGCAAACAAAACCGCGAUGCCCGUACUGCCACCCCCAUGUCUGCGGAUGGCUCUGAAGGCGGCCUUGAUUACAACCGAUUUCGUCACGUACUACUAGGCAACAAAGUGCGCGAUGAAAAAACCAACUCGAACAGAAUGUCGGAACUGUUUCACCGGCUGUACAAGUAUUCGGUUCCAUUUCACCAAUUCUCGUGGCGCUCCUUGGAGUAUCGGGAACACAUGAUACACGAGCACCGAGCAGCGGUCCAGCAGCCCGACUGGGCCGUUCUGAGCCGGAAUUUGGAAACGUUAACGUUGGACCUACGAUUGAAGGACGCCUUUACCAACAUAUCCGUAUUCGAGGCUGCCAAAGUCAUGAGUGCCAACCUUCAGCUCCGACGUCUUUUGCUCGUGGGGUUACGGGCCGAAAAGAGACGAAAGCUCGUCCGGAGGACUCUGAAAGGAACCCCUGCUAACGAGACAAUGUUUGCGUCUUCGAAGCACCAGAUGAUCGAAGAUUUAGAGGAAGUGGAGUCUUUCGGCCCCUUCAAAAACUGGGUUGCAGCGUUUCGAGGAGCACUAAGGCCUGGGGGGGAGCUGGUGUUCGUCGACAAUCUGGCAUGA